UGGCGAGAGCCGGAGACGAGUUUUAUAUGAAUCACUUUAAUUUUGGAGCUGAGCGGUGGCCAUAAACAAAUACAGAGAAAAAAAAGUCUGGUUAAGGCUAAGGCCGUCCAAGUCUAGUCGUUCCAAGAUGGAGAAAAGAAGUGAUGUGGCCGGUAACAGCUCCAAAUUUAGAAAACUAAGCGACACGGAUAUAGCCGAAGUGCAGCUCAAUAAUCUGGACUCCAGUGCUAAGGAUGAGAUUGAAAUUGGAAGUGCCCACAGCACGGAGAACUCCAGAUUUCAUGGUGCUCCGGAGCAGCCUCAGAGAUGGUUCACAUCGAAAUUUUUCAUCUUCUCCGUGAUAUUCUCGUGCCUCCUGAUCACCGCCAUGUGCAUCGGAUUCGUGGUCCAUUAUGCCAAGAGUGGCGAUGUGGGGGACAUGGACACCGUUAGCUAUUGGCCCGUCAAGCUGCCCCAGGAACAGCAGGAGUGGUACGAUCGGGGGAUUAACGAGCUAAAGAAGGCCGUGUCUCGGGAAUUCAAUCGACGUCGUGCCAAGAAUGUGAUUCUUUUUGUGGGUGACGGCAUGGGUCCGAAUACAGUGACCGCUGCCCGAAUCUACGGCUUCAAGGAAGAAGGACUCCUAUCCUGGGAGAACUUCCCGCACAUGGGACUGCUGAAGACCUACUGUGCCGACAAGCAAGUUCCGGAUUCCUUCUCCACGGCCACGGCUCUCUUCGGCGGCGUCAAAGUCAACUACGAGACGGGCGGAGUCGACGCCAAUGUUCCGCUGGGAAACUGCACAGCCUCCCAGGACGAAGAUCAUCAUGUCCAGACCAUCCUAAAGUGGGCCCAGGUGGACGGAAUGCGAACGGGAUUUGUAACCACCACACGGGUCACCCAUGCCACUCCGGCGGCACUCUACGCCCAUGUUCCCGAUCGCCGAUGGGAGUGCGAGACGGGAAUGAAACCGGAGGAUCGGGCUCAGGGGUGCAUGGAUAUAGCUCGUCAGCUGAUAGAGAAGCCCACGGGGCAGGGGAUUAAUGUCAUCAUGGGGGGAGGUCGGCAAAUGUUGGUGUCAAACGUCACCGAUUCCGCCGCCGAUCCACUGGACACCUGGGCUAGCAAAUCCGCAGACGGACGCGAUCUCAUCCGGGAUUGGCGGCAGCUCAAGGAGGCAGAAGGGGUGUCCCAUGCCGUGGUGCAGAAUAAUCGGGAGUUGUGGAAUCUCAAUGGCGAAAACACCGACUACGUACUGGGGAUUUUCGCGAACGGACACCUCAUGUACGACCAUGAGCGGGAUCGCAGUGAAUCCGGAAUGCCAUCUUUAUCCAACAUGACCCUGAAAGCCAUGGAGGUCCUGGGCAAUAGUGACAAGGGAUUUCUGCUUGUGGUUGAGGCUGGAUUGAUUGACCAGGCCCACCACAGAGGAAAAGCCCGGAAAGCGCUGCACGAAGUCCUGGAACUCAAUGUGGCAGUGGAGUCCACCCUGAACUUUCUGAAGUCCACGGACCGAUUGGAUGAGACAUUGGUUAUAGUGACGGCCGAUCAUUCGCACAGUCUAACCAUAAAUGGACACCCUGAAAGAGGAGCCAGCAUUCUGGGUCUCGCUGGUAAAUCCAAGACGGAGAACACCCCAUACACCACCCUCACCUACGGCACCAGCUAUCAGGGCUUUCAGGUGGACCCGGAAACCCAGAAGCGAAAGAAUCCAACGGAGGAGGACAUCACCGAUUGGGAAUACACCCAGCAGGCAGCCAUCAAUACGGACGAGAAUCUCCACGGCGGCUCGGAUGUCACCAUCCAUGCCGAGGGAGCCAUGUCCUACCUGUUCCACGGAGUUCACGAGCAGAGCUACGUGGCGCAUGCUAUAUCCUACGCCCUGCGAAUCGGCAGAUUCCGGGACAGCUCCAUAGCCGAGACUUUGGCGGAGCUAACGCCUUUGUAGAUGAAUAGGAUUUGUCUCAGAAUCAAAAAUCGUAGUGCCUCAAAAUAUUGGAGUCAUCUUGCCAAAAUGAAGUUCAGGGAUUAAGCUCUGGAAACAAAGCGUUCAUUUACUUAAAAUAUAAAUAAAAUAUGCUAAAGAAUUAAUAAAAAAAUACUUUUUUA